AUGGCCUCUCUCAGUCUACCCCCUAUUGCGACUCUCGCAUCCCUGCCCGUUGAGGACAUCGCCGCGGCCCUCGACCUGCUCUUUGAGCACAGCAAAGACCUCCAUGCGCUGGCUGUUCCAGCCAUUCGCUCUACGGCCUCGUCAGGCGGCCUCAACUCGUAUGACGACGUCGCCGACACAGUCCGCACACAGCUUCUAGAGCUGCAGAACCAGGUAGCCACCUUUGUCGAUCCAAACCCGACGCAGGCCGCACUGGCAGCCAAGUCUAAGCUGCUCAACAUCCUGUGCGCUCACCCACGCCUCGGGGCCAAGAAGGUCGAAAGUACCCAGAGCGUGGCCGAACAGGCGCAGCUCAACAAGGCAUCGGCCAAUGAGGCGAGACUGCUAGCCGCGCUCAACGCCGAGUAUGAGGCCGCUUUCCCAGGGCUCGUCUAUGUGGUUUUUGUGAACAGCCGGUCACGAGACGAGAUUAUGGAGAACAUGCGGGCACGCAUUGACCGAGGUGUCUAUGCUCUGGAGGAGGUCGAGGCCAUAGAGGCCAUGACCUGCAUUGCCAAAGACCGUGCCAGCAAGUUGACCCACUGA